ACUCAGUAAGACUGCUAGCUGAUACGACGUCAGCAGACUGACACUGUGGAUAGUAUAACUAGUGUGUCGCUAAAUGUUCAACUGAGAUUUUGAGACGUCAGAAAUCAUUUUCAUCGUAUAUGAAAGGGUUGAAAAAAUGUCAAAUGUAACUAGAGCGUUGGUGAGAUCGAAAUCCACGAGUGACAGUGGUAAAAGACAAAAACAUCUGACAGAUUUUUGGAAAGCAAAAAAAAAUAAGAAUCUUCAUAAAAAGAAAAUUACGUCAAUUGCAAGUGAACGCUCCAGCAGUGCAAAAUCGGAUUUGAACAAAACUACACAGCAGCAAGAAGCCAAAGGAAGACACACUGAAAAUGUUGAAGACGACCAGCAAAUAGCUACUGGGAAAAAAGUUACCAUUCAAGUUUGGCAUGGCCCCAAAUGCCCUAGUUGUGCCGCCAUCAUGAACAUCAAAGAGGAAAACAUGAAGCGAUUACAACACCAUUUCAAAUACUGCUUCUGUUAUUCAGUCUAUUAUCGAACUAUGUCGCUUCUAGAGAGUCUAAUCCUAUCUUAUCCAAUUAUCGGAUUUAAGAAAAAACAGAAAGAACCGCAUUUUUUAAAUCACAUGCAAGCCAAACAGCUGUGCGAGCUGUCAGCACUGCAUCCAACGGUAUCUGCUGACAACUCGGAAUUGUUUCAAAAAGCGGCCGAAUUGGCUUCGCAGUUGAAAGAGCCGACAGACACGGAAUCUUUCAACUGCGACCGCUACGAAGAGUACAUGAGGCUAUUGCUAGAAAUUACCGAAUUCAUUCGUCAAACGAUGUCGCAACAUUUGAACAACGGAAAAAAUGUCGAAGAUGUUCAAAUUUUGAUAACAAAUAUUACAAAUUAUUUAAAACCCUUUGAUCAAAAUCAGGAUAAGAGUACAAGUGUUACAAAAUCUCGGUCGACAACUGCAAAAACCAGAAAAUGGAACGAAACGUUUGCUGACUUGAGGCAUCCAUCAGGUGAUAACGACUUCGGUAAUGAAUUAAAAGAAAUCGCUGAACCCCAAUCAGGAGAGGAAUGUUUUCUCUUUCCUGACAAAUAUACUUGCAAAUGUCAUGGACAAUCCGCGGACAACUCCAGUGAUGAUUCUUCAAUUAGCUUAUCUACCUUUUAGUCUUUAUACGUAUAAGUAAAACUACUAUAAUUUUACAAAGAGUUAUUAGCAUUGCUACAUGAAAAUGACACCCCCGCAUUAGUCAUUACGCAUAGCUUAUUGCAAAAUUAAUUUUGAAAUCAAGAAUAAACAGGAUUGAUUGUGGAAAAA